ACAAGGAGCAAAUGCGGCGCAACGGUCCGCAGUUUCAAAUUAGAUAAAAAAAAAAAGACCAUAGAAAAAAAAAAACUUUUCUCUUAAUUUCUCACAUUAUCCAAAACAAACGAAACCACUUUGAUCUCAUGGCCACCAAAUCAACAACUCUCCAGCUCACGCUUCUCUCGGCGGAAGGUCUACACGUCAGGGGAAAACCGGCUAACACCAACGUCUUCGCGGUGGUUCGCGCCGACUCCAUUGCCAGCCACACGACGGCGACGGCCACGGAGACCAACGGCGAGCUGUCAUGGGAGGAGACGUUCUCCUUGGAGGUGGGGCCGCACGCCAGGUGCCUCACCAUUGAAGUGAAGUUCAGGACGGGAGCCGGAGAGAGAGACAUCGGCGUCGCAAGAAUCGCGCUUUCAGAUUUUCUCGGAAGGUCGGUGCCCGGCAAUAGUUUGAAGUUGUGCUACAGGUUGAGGGACUGGGAUGGGAGAGAAAACGGGAUCGUUAAUUUCUCCGUUGGAGUGGCGGCGCCGCCGCAGCCUAACGCCGCCGCCGAUGAGAAUGGUUGUGAGUCGUCGUUGGGUGGAGUUGUUACCGGCAUUAACGUUUGAUGGAAGGAGUGAUCGAGAAGUAGCAGGAGUAAUGUUUGAUUCGUUGAAUGUGGUUGCAACUAGAUAGGACCAUUACUGUUUGGUAUCUCUUUUAGGUUUUGAGUUGAUGGACAACAAAUUGGUGUUUUCGUUUGUGUUUAUUUGACUUUGAAUUCGUGGGAGGUUUCUAGGUGUUACUUGAACGUGUUUUUAUAUUAUUAUAUUUUUAUAAUAUGGUUGUUAAAUACUUUCAUCAA